GUUUAUACGCUGCUUUCUCGUCAAAAUGAGAGGCUCGUUAUCUUUGCUCUCACUAAUUCUUUCCUGCAUGAGCUGGAUCACGCAUGUGAGCGCGAUCGAGACUCGCCAGAACGAUGGAUUGUCGACCUGCGUGGUACGCAUCGCAUCGGAAGUACAUCACAUGUGGGAAAUGAAUUGACACGUCUGCAGCAAAGAUGCCACGACGUUAUACUGCCAGUGUAUAACUGUGCUUCAGACACAGACCUAUGCUUUUGUGUUUCCAAUGGCCUGCAAGACAUGCUCGAUGUAUGCGUCGCAAGCAAUUGCACGAUCGCUGAGCAUCUGGGUAUUUCAUAUCCUGAUCAUAGCUUUGAAACUUGCUAACGUGCGUAGAAUCGCAAGCUUUCAACGCGAAAACUUGCGAUACCUCGCAAAGUAACCAUUCUGUCGCGAUCAAGAUCUUGUCAUGGACAUCGUUCGGGGUCGCGACAGCCUUCGUCUUGGGCCGAUCAGUCUCACGUAUGAUGAGCAAAAGCAGAUUCCGUGUCGACGACUGGAUGGUGUUCUCCUGCUAUGCUGCUCUUGUUGGCUCAACAAUAUGCAUUCAUCUUGCCAUAGCCAAUGGGCUCGGUGCAGAGAGCUAUCUGUUCAGCAUCGAUCAGCUGAAUGAGUUCGCCAAGCUGUUCUACGCCUUCACAUUACUGGAACACUUCAUUUUGUUCGGCACGAAAGUCACUUUGGUCUUACUCUACCUCCGGAUUCUUCCCUCGCCUGCUGUCAGCACCGCGUAUCGAUCACUGUGUUGGGCAUUUAUUGGCCUACUCAGCUUGACAUUCGUCGCCACCGAAUUGGCGACAGUCCUCCAAUGCACCCCGGUCGCCUCGAUCUGGAAUUCUGUCUACGGAAAACAAGGUCAAUGCCUCAACAUCGCAACCCUGCAACGAGCGUCGAGCGCUUUAGAACUGAUCUACAGCGUCGCCCUCCUCUUCCUCCCGGUCCCGCCUCUCCUCGCAGCAAAGCUGUCCAAGGCCCAGAACCUCAGACUCAUCUGCAUCUACACUACCGGGCUGGCUGUCAUUAUCUGUACCUUAGGUCGCACAAUCGUCUCUCCAACGACACCGACAAGCUCUUCUGUACCAGCCACGCUCACAUCCUCACUCAUUCAACCAACAAGCUGGACAAUCCUCCAAGUCAACCUCAGCAUAAUCCUCAUCUGCCUCCCCCCUCUCUCCAAUCUCCUCACCUACAUUCCCCUCCGCCUCAAAAAAUCCACCAUCCUCCCCCACAACAACAACAACUCCGCAGAAGAAAUCCUCACCGAAGAAGACCGGAGACGUUCAGGUCUAACACAUCAACAACAACAAAUGCAAACCACAACACUAGAAAUCCCGAACAAAAGUUUCGGUGCUCACAGGGCUGCACGUCGUAAGGAAGACGAAGACAAGAUCAAUAAUGAGUCGCCGGGGUUGCAUGUUGGGGUGGGAGACUCGACUGUGACGUUUCAGCAUAGUAUCCCGAAAGAGACUACGAGGGAUAAAGUUGUGUAUAAGGAUGCGGAAGGGAGGAUGCAUGAGGUGGAGUUGAUUGAUCGGCCGGCUUUGGUGGUGGGAGAGGAGGGGAGUGCAGUGGAAGACGAGGGUUGGGGAGAGGGGAAGGCUAUAGAUGAGGGGGUGGUUAUGGAUGAGAAAUUAGGAGAUGAGGCGAUGGUGUGAAUGUGCUGAUCAGAACGAUGGUGUAUGAUAUGCUGAUGAUUGAUGACUUAUGCGAAUGCAUGUCUGAUAUUCGGGAUUGCAAAGCUUUAGAAACGCCGCUGUGUUGAGAG